AUGCCGAUGAAGUGGCUCGUUGCAGCUUUUCUUUUUGGCGUUGUCAGGGUCGCCAGCUCUGCAGCUUCGACUUGUCUGGAGAGCGGACUGCCGCCUGAGAAUCGAUCCUACCUGCAGGACAGCGAUGGGCAGAAUCUGGCUUUGGGCCUUUUGGAGUACGACUGGCCCUCUGCCCGGUUGGUGACGCAGAUCGCCGCUAUCUUGCUGGAGGAGCAGUUGGGCUACCACGUAUCCUUUGAGUACCGCACUUCCAGCUUCAUCGAGUCUUUGCGUCAGCUCGCCGGAUGUGCAGAGGGCGAAGGCACUGGGAUUCUGGGCCCGGGCCCUGACGGUGUCCCACGAACCGUCCAAGGCGACGUUGUGAGGCCAUGCUCCGCCGAAGUGCGCUGCCACGUGGCCCUGGACAGCCCUGUCGGAAGAAACGAGUUCACGCAACUGGCUUUCCGGGCAGCAACGCCGUUCACGUCGCCUGAAGAUGUCGGGAGCAUGGGCUACUUUAGUGAGCAGAACCUUGCAGUGUCCUCCACGAUCCAUGCUGCUGCCUAUGAGGACAGCGGCUUGGCCCUGGACUACUACCUGACCUACAACCAGAGCCUGAUGAACAAGUACAAACCGUUCUUUAAGCCUACCGCCUACUUCGACGAGCUCUCCAGGGUCGACCGUGCCGAGAUUUUCGAAUGCACAGACGCCGGACUCGAGUUCUCAGAUCCGAUCAAGAUGGCGGCCUACGUGAACUGGACCGGCGAUGAGGAUGGCGUGGUGCGGCAGGCUGAUGGCAGCUACGCCGCAAAGUGUCCGGACGGCCACUUUUGGUUGGCACCCAGCUGCCGGCACAAUGCUUCUGAGUGCAUUCCGACCUUUACAUCUGGGAACGGCUGGCUCGCAGAUGCUUUCAUGCAGUGGGCCACUCACCAUGGCCUUCCUCUGGCAAUCGGGAUCUCACGCUCCUCGGAGCUCUACGUACGUCACGUGUCCCAGUUCCGGAGCCUCUUCAUCUGGUGGCUGCCAGACACUACGUUGCGCGAGGUGUCGCCCUUGGCAGUGCGGCUGCCGGUGCACGAUGUUCGGGAAUGGGCAGUGGGAAAGAAGAGAACCGCAGCCGCCGGAUCGGCGGUCCGGAAGCUGGUGAGCUCCGAUCUCCGCGUGAGGGCUCCGAGGGCCCAGCGCUUCUUUGCGCGCAUGUCCUUCAGGUUUCAGGAGCUGCAGGUCUUGCUGGAUGAGGUUGGCAAUGCUUUGGAGGAGUCGGAAGAAGAGGCCAUGAGGGAGAUAGCGUGCAAGUGGGUCAAGGAGAACGGAUUGACUUGGGAAGGCUGGGUGCCCAGAAGGACUGAUUGCGAUUUUGGCUUCGGUUUGGUGAAUUACCAGGGGGACUUUGUGAGCUCAAUUGAAUCGGCUGUCAGCUGCAAGCCCUGCCCAUCCGGCCACUUCUCCGACUGGACGAACAGCUCCGGAAUCUCGGAUGGCUCAUAUGUUUGCGCUGCCUGCCCACCAGGCUCCUUCCAAGCCCUCCCUGGCAAGUCCUUGUGCGAUGACUGUGCCCUGGGCCACGCAGCAGAUGGGGCGGGUGCCACAGAGUGUGGCCUCUGUGAUGUGGGCACUUUUGCAGACCAGGAGGGAAGCACGGCGUGCAAGAGCUGCGGAGACGAAACCUGGACCACGAAGGAGUUAGCGGCGGUGAGCGAUGUGGAUCAGGGCAGCAACGGUGGCGGUGCUCGUCGGUGGAUCGAAGUACGGGGGGCCGUCUCAAAAGAUGUUUGUUCAUGCGUAGAAGGCCGCCACUUCUGGCAAGGCCAGUGCGAGUUGUGCCUGGAGGGCGCGACUUGUCUUGGACCCACGAAGCUUACGCUCGACCCGGGCUUCUUCGCUUUUCCAGAGGAUCCCGCUACCGUCUUCCGCUGCUUCGGCAGCUCGCGGCGCUGCCCGGGUGGACUUCCCGGCAGCUGUGCCCCGGGCCGUGACAACCAGAGCCUGGCCUGCGCCCAGUGCCUGCCAGGCUUGCAUGACAACUACGACGGUAGCUGCGUAACGUGCGAUGACGUUGACUGGCUAAUCCUCGCCGUGCUGGCCAGCCUCCUCUUCCUCGUGCCCUCGGCAGUGCACGCCUUCACGCUGGCCAUGCAGGUCGCCCCUGUUGGCCACAGCCUCAUGGAGGUCACCUUUGGCUUGAGCCAAAUGGUGACCAGCGCUCAAGUUCUCGUCAUCAUGCAGCAGGGUAUCCAGUGGGGAGAGCCAUUCAUCCGGCUCCUGGAGUCCCUGCAGUUCGUCUCGCUGGAUUUCCUGUGGCGCAUCGUCAACUCGGUGAAUUGCAUGGUCAACUUCACACCCGAGCUCCGCUUCUUGAGUCAGUCCCUCCUCUUCCCCAGCAUCUUCCUGCUGGUUCCGACGAUAACGCAUGUAGUGUACGUCCGCUGCUGGCGGCAAGGCCAGACGCAGCAGUUCCACCUGCUUCGGAAGACCUUGGGGAGCUUGUCCGUGCUUUUCUUCAUCCCGGCUCUUUCCUCGCUCCUCGCGCCCUUCCGCUGCGACGUGCACCCGAGCGAUGCGCGGACGAUGCAGGUCUACGAGUCUGUGGAGUGCAACUUUACCGGGAGCCACCUGCGUAUGUGUCUCAUGGGUGGGGUGGUGAGCCUCUGUUUGCUUUCCUUCCUUGUCUUCGUCUUCUGGCUGGUCUACAUGGAGCUGCCAAAGAGACUGGAAGCCUUCGAUGCGGAGUUUCUACGUAGUUGCUCCUUUCUGUGGGCACGCUUUCGGCCUGGGUCGGAGGCUUUUGCGUUGUUCUUUCUUGUUCGGAAUGCAGUAAUCGUCGUUUCACCGCUCCUGCCCUCAUCAUUUUCCAGCCUCUUCUUCAUCAAGUUCGUGCUUUACAUCAGUUUUUGCGCGAUCGCAUUUUUCAAGCCGCUUCGAACGACUGCAACUCUUUACCUGGAACUGGUCAUUCAUGUCGGCUUCAUGGUGAUCCUGGAUAUGGGCAUGCUCUUCAUGCCGCAAGAGGACACUUCUUUCGUCAUGGUCGCUUGCAUGCUGGUAAGCCUGCUCGUGCUAUUGGUGAUCCUCUUGAUGGUGGCCCAAGCUGUUUUCCAGAAGUGCCGGUCGACAUAUCGCAAGCAGUUUCACUUCUUCAUCAGCCAUCAGAAAAGUGCUGCAGGCAGCUUAGCGCGGCUCUUCAAGAUAGAGCUCAGCAAGUGUGGCUUCCGCUGCUUCAUUGAUUGCGAUGACCUUACGGAUCUGACGAGGCUUUUUUCGUACGUGAGCCAAGAUGUGGAGACACUUGCAGUAUUGGCUUCUGGGGAUUUUCUGACCAGAAAAUGGUGUGUCGGCGAGCUCGUAACUGCGCGGCUUCACGGUGUGAAGACAAUGCUGGUUGCUCUGCCGGAUUUCACGAUGCCCGACGAGCGUUUCGUCGCAUCGUACACCAGUCUUGCCCCGAAGAUCAAGGAGCUUGCAGUUUAUGGCAUCGGCAUGGCGGAGAUUCACGAGACGUUGCUCUGGCUUGGGGCACUGGAGAAAUUUGAUUUCCAAUGGUUGGGCAACGAUCCCAUUCCCGAGGUGGUGUCAUGGCUGACGGGAGUCCGUGGACACAGCCCCACCCGGCUGGCGUUGACCAAGAAUCCCUCCGCAGAUUUCUCUGUGACACGGGUGGUGUCGAACAUGUCCGAGUGUUUGAUCCUUUGCGACACCACGAACAUGGAGGCUAUGGCAGCCGCCCAUGUGCUCUACGCAUUGCUGGGGGUGAAGAUGAUGGAGCUUUCCAUGAAGACGACGCUCCGGAUCUUGGUGGGAGAGGAUGAAAUCUUUGGGUCGGCGGACAGUCAGGUGCUGUUCCUUUGCACGGCAGGGUGUUUGGAGGUGAAGCAGGUGGCCUCGUGUCUCGUGCAGUUGAACCUGGAGUCCAGCUGGAUCCUUCCGGUGCUUGCGGAGGAUUCUUUUCAGAUCCCAACUUUCCACGAAUCCAAGCUGAGCUACGACAUCGAUGGCGUGGAUAUGGAGCGCUACAGUUACAUGCUAGAGGCCGCCUUCCACGAAAUCUCUGUGCCCUUCACACCCAGGAGCUCCAACGCCCGGCAGCUCGACCUCCAGGCCAAGAUCAUCGCCGAGCGCCUCACGCACAGCCGCCAUAAUUUACGCUCGAUGCACACCACCUCCUCCAGAGAGCUGGCAGGCUAUCUUUCUGCUUCUCCCAUGGCCAGCUCCGGCGAGGGACUCCAGGGCCUCGGCGACGACGUCCUGUCGCCCCUCAGCCCCAUGUCGCCCGUUUCCACCUCUCCCGCCGAGGAGACAGACCCAGCCACUCCUGCCGAAGAGGCUUAUUUGGAGCUUUGA